CAUCUCCUGCUAGUGUGGUAAAAAGGAAAAGAAAAAAAAAAAAAACAACUUAGAACUGUUCCGUGAACAGCAGAGAGCUCGGACAGAGUGUGUAGUAGGCAAGGCGACGGAAAAUAUUCAGAAGAUUAGACAGGCAAUAGGCUUUAAAGCGAAUGUUAACCUGCGACUACUCCGGGAACUACGACACCUCGUCCCGCGGCAGCAGCACCUCUCCGGCCCAGCCAGAGUCCUUCACAAGCGGCAGCAGCACGAUCGGAAGUCCGAUCUCUACCUCAGCGUACCAGAAGUACAGGGUCGACAUGCCCGGCUCCAACAGUGCCUUCAUACCCACCAUCAAUGCAAUCACAACCAGCCAAGACCUACAGUGGAUGGUGCAGCCCACUGUCAUCACCUCCAUGUCCAACCCUUACUCCCGCUCCCACCCGUAUGGUCAUCACCUGAGCAAUGGGCCGGGGCUCCUGCACAACACACUGGCUCGGCCCGGGGUCAUCCGCUCCAUCGGGGACACCAGAAGCCGACGCAAGAGGGAUGAGCAGCUCACCCCAGAGGAAGAGGAAAAGAGGAGGGUGAGGCGUGAGAGGAAUAAGUUGGCCGCCGCCAAAUGCCGCAACCGCAGACGAGAGCUCACCGAGAUGCUCCAAGGGGAGACUGAGAAGCUGGAGGAGGAGAAAGCAGACCUGCAGAAGGAAAUCGAGAGCCUGCAGAAGGAGAAAGACAAGCUGGAGUUCAUGCUGGUUGCCCACAAUCCCGUGUGCAAGCUGCCCAUCGAGGACCGCCACCAGUCAUCGGGGCACCAGCAGCACCAGCAGCACCAGCAGCAGCAGUGCGCCCCGCUCCCCCUGACCAUGCGCCCCAACAUGGGCACCCGGGCUCAAAUGAACCAAGUGGUGGUGAAGCAAGAGCCGGAGGACAACGAGGAGGACGAUGUGGGCAAGCCUCAGCGCUCCGUCAUCAAGCCCAUCUGCCUGGGUGGCGGCGGUGUCAGCGGUGGGAUAUACUGCACAGAUGGAGACAGCCUCAACACACCGGUGGUGGCAGCGUCCACCCCAGCCGCCACACCCAAUGCCCCAAGCCUCAUAUUCACCUACCCGAGCAUGCUGGAGCCCGAGAGCCCCUCGCCCUCCUCUGAGUCCUGCUCCAAGGCCCACCGGCGCAGCAGCAGCAGCGGUGACCAGUCCUCAGACUCCCUCAACUCGCCCACCCUCCUGGCCCUCUGAGCAAGGGCUCGGCUCGGCGCAGCUGAGAAACAAACACUGUGGCUGAAGGCAAGCAUGAGGAUCGACUGCGCGCCCCCCGCAUCCCUCACCCCCCCUCCCCUCCAGUGUCUUUAAAAGACCCAAGAGCACAUUCAAUUCUAAAGUCCAGACCAAGCUGACCAUGUGAGCCGUUUCCCCUCUGCAGGGAGACCCACAAGGGCUACGCCGCGUGUUUCUUCUUGUUCUGCUUCAGUGUAAAAUUUUUUUAAUCGUAAAAGUGUGUGCACCAAUCCUAAAAAGUGUCAUCCCUUCGCCAUUUCAACUCGAGUGUCAACUUGUUUACCGGGCAGACAGUUCUGAAGAAAGCCAUUGCCAAAGUGUGGCAAUUGUGAGUUGAUGUGACUAAAAGUAGAGAGCGUGUUCUUAAUAUAUAUAUAUAUAUUUUUAAAAAAUCUGUUUGAAAAGCCAUGCCGACACUUGCACUCCGCCAAGACGAAUCAAUAAAUCACUCAACGAGGUCAGCGUUUUACUGGAAUUUCCAAGGAGAGAAAGAGACAAUGAGCAAAGACUUCCUCUCGUCUUUUUUCCCCCCCUUUAGAUUUUGUCCUUUCAUAACUCGGACCUUGAUUCAGGAAUUGCUACCACGAGUGUGUACACAUUUCUGAUGUUAUUUCCAUCUCUUUAAUUGUAUUUAUGGACUGUGCUGAUUAAAUUUUACAAAGUGUUUUGUUGAGACAUUGUCCUCUCCUUAAUAUGCCUGUAGAAAAGCAAAACGGUCACCUGCAGGGUGACUUAAGCACUCCUCAGUGUUGCAAACGAUACGAGCCAACUUUCAAUCAAUGACUAGUUCCUCAAUACUCUAUACCUUCUAUUUUGCCAUAGUGGCUUGACUUUACAGUAGUAUUGGUGUGCUUUUCCUCAGUGAUUCUGUACCUGAACUUUACAACCUGUUUAUGACAAAGUGUAUGUGAUUUACAUUGAUGUCAGGGAUAUCUCUCUGGUGUAGUAGAACCCCAUCGUAAAGAGCAUUGCAGGACUGCUGGCUGCUGAAUGGUCUAGCCAAAGUGUUGCAGAGUCGGUACUAAAUGAGUAGGGACGAUAAACUUCAUCACUUCAUUGUGUCGCAUUGAGAAAGGUUUGUCUUUUCGCUCAGACAUAAAGGUUUGAACAAAACCCUCCUCCACUGGAUGCCGUACUUCUUUGUUUCCCACAUUCUCUAAAUACAGCUCCUACCUUUUUCAACACCGCCUCUCAGGGCAGGUCAGGUUUCAAAAAGCCAAAAAGGUUCGUAUGACACAUGUAAUCCUGUAAUUCGUCCGUCUUUGUCUAAAAAAGGAGGGAUUUUGCUCAAAUUCGGAAAAAAAAAACAAAAAGCCACUGUGGUCUAGACUGUCGCCAGCUGCCAAUGAUGUCAACCCUGUUUAUA